UUAAUGCUUUCGAUUGUUUAUAAGAUUGACAUGUGAUUGUUGGUUAUGUUCUCUAUUUUUAUGAUUUUUAUUCGCAAAAAUAAUAUGCUUGGAUUAUACUAUUUUUUAAUUUAAGUGAAUAAAGUUAAAGUGGUGUUUAUUAAAAUUAGGUAAAUUUGAUAGAAUACAUUCUGUGAAAAGUAUGUUACUUGUGUAUGGGAGAAUUGUAAUUUAGUGUUUUGACGAAAAAUAUAUAUGUAGAGAUCUGGAAAAAGUAAAUAUGAACGAAGCAAGUGAAGAAUCUUUUGGCAGUUCGGACGAUGAUAUUUAUACAAAUGCAGUUGCCAGAUUUAAAGCCGCAAAAAAAAGGAAUCGAUGUAGGCCCAGGAAAAAUGACAAUAGUUUUCAGAUGGAUGAAGGAGUUUCUUCAAUACAACUUAUUGCUGAUGAUGUUAGUAAAGAAAUGGAUCAACCGAGUUUAGUAAUAUUUGAUGAUAAAAUAGAAGUAGACGCUGAUUCCGACUCCGCAGACUCCUCUCUCUCCAAUGAAACGAUUGACAGUGAUUUAGAGAUAACGGGCGUAACAGCGAAUCAGGCUUGCAUUAUUCUUGACCCCGAUGAUAACGAUAUUGCACCAACUGGAGCUGAAUUAUUAAGAACCGAUUCAUUAGAAAACGAUAAUUAUAAAACUGAAGUUAAAGUAUUAUGGAGAUCACACAAACUUGUUCACUUAGAAAUGAAUAUGCACGAACCUUUUCAAAAUGUAUUUGAACAUUUUGAAAAGUUAGAGAAUGUACCCACCGAGAGAAUAUUACUUUUAAGGAAAGACAAACCAAUAAGACCAGAAGACACUCCUUUUUCACUUGGAAUUUCUGUUUUAGAUAUAAUUGAUGGUGGAGUAAUAGAUUUGGAAUUUGCGAACGAACAAGGCAAAGGAAAUACUGACGAGAAUGACGAUACUUGUAAAAUAAAAGUGCAAAUGUCGCAGAAGCAAUCAAUAAAUGUAAAUUUACAAAAAAAUCAACCAUUCAAAAACAUCAUUCAUCAAUGUGCAACGGAAUUAAAUAUCUGUGCCACAAAAAUCAAAUUAUAUUUUGAUGGUGAUUUAAUUGAUUUGAGUGAUACUCCAGAAUCGUUAGACUUCGAAAAUGAAGCUUGUAUUGAUUUGAAAUUGUCAGCCUAAAUAUUUUUUAAUAAUUGUUUCUCAUAAAACUUGAUGUGUAAAUAUCUGUUUAUAUGCAAGAUUUUCUCAUCGUAUACGUCUCUCUUUUUUUAAAAAUAAAUUAUUUUUGUUUUAUAUAUAAAUUACAA